GGGGCCAUCGCCGCGGACGGAAGGCCAUUGAUUUGCAUGUGUUUGUCCCGGCGCCGGAGGCUGCCCCAGCCGCCCGCGCCCGAGCCGCCGCUGCCGGCGGACUGGCCUCCCCGCUUCCCUAGAGUGGUGCGGCUCCGCCGAAGAUGUCGGCCCCGGUCGGGCCCCGGGGGCGCCCGGCCCCCGCGCCGGCGGCCUCGCAGCCUCCUCCGCAGCCCGAGAUGCCGGACCUCAGCCACCUCACGGAAGAGGAGCGCAAGAUCAUCCUGGCCGUCAUGGACCGCCAGAAGAAGGAGGAGGAGAAGGAGCAGUCCGUGCUAAAGAUCAAAGAAGAACCCAAACCACAGCUGACACAGUGGUUUCCCUUUAGUGGGAUCACUGAACUGGUAAAUAACGUUCUUCAGCCCCAGCAAAAACAACAAAAUGAAAAGGAGCCCCAGACAAAACUGCAUCAACAAUUUGAAAUGUAUAAGGAACAAGUAAAGAAGAUGGGAGAAGAAUCACAACAGCAGCAUGAGCAGAAGGGCGACGCCCCUACCUGUGGUAUCUGUCACAAGACAAAAUUUGCAGAUGGAUGUGGCCAUAACUGUUCAUAUUGCCAAACAAAGUUCUGUGCUCGCUGUGGAGGUCGAGUCUCCUUGCGCUCAAACAAGGAGGACAAAGUGGUUAUGUGGGUGUGUAAUUUGUGCCGAAAACAACAAGAAAUCCUCACUAAAUCAGGAGCAUGGUUUUAUAAUAGUGGGUCCAAUACACCACAGCAACCUGAUCAAAAGGUUCUUCAAGGGCUUCGAAAUGAGGAGGCACCUCAGGAGAAAAAAGCAAAACUACAUGAGCAGACCCAGUUUCAAGGACCCCCAGGUGACUUAUCUGUACCUGCAGUGGAGAAAGGUCGAUCUCAUGGGCUCACAAGACAGGAUUCUAUUAAAAAUGGUUCAGGAGUGAAGCACCAGAUUGCCAGUGACAUGCCUUCAGACAGAAAAAGAAGUCCAUCAGUGUCCAGGGAUCAAAAUCGAAGAUACGACCAAAGUGAAGACAGAGAGGAAUAUUCACAGUAUGUUCCUUCAGAUAGCACAAUGCCUCGAUCUCCAUCAGACUAUGCUGAUAGACGACCUCAACGUGAACCUCAGUUUUAUGAAGAGCCUGAUCAUUUAAGUUACAGGGAUUCUAACAGGAGAGGCCAUCGACAUUCCAAAGAGUAUGUUGCAGAUGACGAGGAUGUGGAGAGCAGAGAUGAAUAUGAGAGGCAAAGGAGAGAGGAGGAGUACCAGGCACGCUACAGAAGUGAUCCAAACUUGGCCCGGUACCCAGUAAAGCCACAACCCUAUGAAGAACAAAUGCGGAUCCACGCAGAAGUGUCCCGAGCGCGACACGAGAGAAGGCACAGCGAUGUUUCUUUGGCAAAUGCUGAGCUAGAAGAUUCCAGGAUUUCUCUGCUGCGGAUGGAUAGACCAUCAAGGCAGAGAUCUAUCUCUGAACGGAGAGCCGCAAUGGAAAACCAACGCUCUUACUCCAUGGAAAGAACUCGAGAGGCUCAGGGACCAAGUUCAUAUUCUCAAAGGACCACAAAUCAUAGUCCUCCCACCCCCCGGAGGAGCCCCAUCCCGGUGGAUAGAGACAUGAGGCGAGCCGACUCUCUACGGAAGCAGCACCACUUAGACCCCAGCUCUGCUGGGAGGAAAACCAAGCGAGAAAAAAUGGAGACAAUGUUAAGGAAUGAUUCUUUGAGCUCGGACCAGUCAGAGUCAGUGAGGCCGCCUCCACCGAGGCCUCAUAAAUCAAAGAAAGGAGGUAAAAUGCGCCAGGUUUCACUGAGCAGCUCAGAGGAGGAGCUGGCGUCCACCCCCGAAUACACAAGCUGUGAUGACGUUGAGAUUGAAAGCGAGAGUGUGAGUGAGAAAGAACUUUUUCCGUGCCUAUUAUUUAGAAGGUGUUGGAUUGGAUCCAGUGGAGAAUGUAGAGGAGACAUGGACUACAGCUGGUUGGACCAUGCGUCUUGGCAUAGCAGUGAGGCCUCCCCUAUGUCUUUGCACCCUGUGACGUGGCAGCCGUCCAAAGAUGGAGACCGCCUGAUUGGUCGUAUCUUAUUAAGUAAGCGUUUAAAAGACGGGAGCGCGCCUCGAGACUCAGGGGCAAUGCUGGGCUUAAAGGUUGUAGGAGGAAAGAUGACUGAAUCAGGUCGGCUUUGUGCAUUUAUCACCAAAGUAAAAAAAGGAAGUUUAGCUGAUACCGUAGGACAUCUUAGACCAGGUGAUGAAGUGUUAGAAUGGAAUGGGCGGCUAUUGCAAGGAGCCACAUUUGAGGAGGUUUACAACAUUAUUCUAGAGUCCAAACCUGAACCACAAGUUGAGCUUGUUGUUUCAAGGCCAAUUGGAGAUAUUCCUAGAAUACCCGACAGCUCGCAUGCACAACUGGAAUCUAGUUCCAGCUCAUUUGAAUCUCAGAAAAUGGAUCGUCCUUCUAUAUCUGUUACCUCUCCCAUGAGUCCUGGCAUGCUGAGGGAUGUCCCACAGUUCUUAUCUGGACAGCUUUCAAGCCAAAGCCUUAGUAGAAGAACAACGCCUUUUGUUCCUAGGGUUCAGAUAAAACUAUGGUUUGACAAGGUUGGUCACCAGUUGAUAGUUACAAUUUUGGGAGCAAAGGAUCUCCCUUCCAGGGAAGAUGGGAGGCCCAGGAAUCCUUAUGUUAAAAUUUACUUUCUUCCAGACAGAAGUGAUAAAAACAAGAGAAGAACAAAAACAGUAAAGAAAACAUUGGAACCCAAAUGGAACCAGACAUUCAUUUACUCUCCUGUCCACCGAAGAGAAUUUCGGGAGCGAAUGCUUGAAAUUACCCUUUGGGAUCAAGCUAGAGUCCGAGAAGAAGAGAGUGAAUUUCUAGGAGAGAUUUUAAUUGAAUUGGAAACAGCUUUGUUAGAUGAUGAGCCACACUGGUACAAACUUCAGACCCAUGAUGUUUCUUCAUUGCCACUCCCCCACCCUUCUCCAUACAUGCCAAGAAGACAGCUCCAUGGAGAGAGCCCAACACGCAGGUUGCAAAAUAGAGCCUUAUGUUCGUAUAAUUCAGGGUCAAAGAGAAUAAGUGACAGUGAGGUCUCUGACUAUGAUUGUGAUGAUGGAAUUGGUGUGGUGACAGAUUAUCGGCACAAUGGUCGUGAUCUUCAAAGCUCCACAUUAUCAGUGCCAGAACAAGUAAUGUCAUCAAACCAUUGCUCAGCAGCAGGGUCUCCUCAUCGGGUGGACACUAUAGGAAGGACCAGGUCAUGGUCGCCCAGUGCCCCUCCUCCGCAGAGUAGGACUGUGGAACAGGGGCUUCGAGGAACACGUGCUACUGGCCAUUACAAUACAAUUAGCCGAAUGGAUAGACACCGUGUCAUGGAUGACCAUUAUUCUCCAGACAGAGACAGUCAUUUUCUUACUCUACCUCGCUCCAGAUACAGUCAGACCAUUGGGCAUCAUCACAGGGAUGGAAGGGAUUGUGAAGCAGCAGAUAGACAGCCAUAUCACAGAUCCAGAUCAACAGAACACCGGCCUCUCCUAGAGCGGACCACCACCCGCUCCAGAUCCUCUGAACGUCCUGAUACAAACCUCAUGAGGUCGAUGCCUUCAUUAAUGACUGGAAGAUCUGCCCCUCCUUCACCUGCCUUAUCGAGGUCUCACCCUCGUACCGGCUCUGUCCAGACAAGUCCAUCAAGUACUCCAGGAACAGGACGAAGGGGCCGACAGCUUCCACAGCUUCCACCAAAGGGGACACUGGAGAGAAAAGUUACAUGGGAAGACCAGCAGGGAAAGGCGAAUGGUACAAUAAGUGAUGAGAAACCAUUGCCGACACAGAAACACCAGUCUGAGACAGGUGCUAUGGAUAUAGAGGAGAGAAAUCGCCAAAUGAAAAUUAACAAAUACAAACAGGUAGCCGGAUCAGAUCCCAGACUGGAACAAGAUUACCAUUCGAAGUACCGAUCAGGAUGGGACCCACAUAGAGGGGCAGAUACUGUCUCCACUAAAUCCUCGGGCAGUGAUGUAAGUGAUGUAUCUGCGGUUUCCAGGACUAGUAGUGCUUCUCGUUUCAGCAGCACAAGCUACAUGUCCGUCCAAUCAGAACGGCCAAGAGGAAACAGAAAAAUCAGGCCAAAGGGAGAGGAAGAGGGAGGGGAAGGAGAGGUUAAGGAAGAAGAAAGAGUUCAGGAGGAGCAGGAGGUAAAGGAGGAAAUAAUUAGUGAGGAUGGGAGAAAGAAGCAGAUUACAGAAACAUUACAUAAGGAGAAAAGCAGAGAAUCAGGAGAUGAGGAAAAGGCACAAGAUGCUCCUGAGCAAGGGAAAGAAAAAGAGCAGUGGAGGAAAGAGGACUUUCAAAGGAGCCACUCCCAAGACGACGACAGUUUCAGCCCCCAUGUGCAGGAGCGUGGAGCACAGGCACCAGUUCAGCCCCCACUCAGCCCCUUGGGACCUGACAUCAAUGUCUUUACAUCCAAAAUGCAAAGCAGACAGACGGGCGUGUCAGGGAGGAGCAUGACCAAAAGCACCAGCAUCAGUGGAGACAUGUGCUCGCUGGAGAAGAAUGAUGGCAGCCAGUCCGACACUGCAGUGGGUGCCCUGGGUGCCAGUGGCAAGAAGCGACGCUCUAGCAUUGGGGCCAAAAUGGUAGCUAUCGUUGGUCUCUCACGGAAAAGUCGCAGUGCUUCUCAGCUCAGCCAAACUGAAGCGGGAGGUAAAAAGUUAAGGAGCACUGUUCAGAGAAGCACGGAAACCGGGCUGGCAGUGGAGAUGAGGAACUGGAUGACGCGGCAGGCCAGCCGGGAAUCCACGGAUGGCAGCAUGAACAGCUACAGCUCAGAGGGAAAUCUGAUUUUCCCUGGUGUCCGCCUGGCCUCUGACAGCCAGUUCAGCGAUUUCCUUGAUGGCCUGGGCCCUGCUCAGCUGGUGGGACGCCAGACACUGGCUACUCCUGCGAUGGGUGACAUUCAAGUGGGAAUGAUGGACAAAAAGGGACAGUUGGAGGUAGAAAUCAUUCGGGCUCGCGGCCUUGUUGUAAAACCAGGUUCCAAGACACUGCCAGCACCGUAUGUCAAGGUGUAUCUUUUAGACAAUGGAGUCUGCAUAGCCAAAAAGAAAACCAAGGUGGCAAGAAAGACGCUGGAGCCCCUGUAUCAGCAGCUCUUAUCUUUUGAAGAGAGCCCCCAGGGAAAGGUGUUACAGAUCAUUGUCUGGGGAGACUAUGGUCGCAUGGAUCACAAAUCCUUUAUGGGAGUGGCCCAGAUACUCUUAGACGAACUGGAACUAUCCAACAUGGUGAUUGGAUGGUUCAAACUCUUCCCUCCUUCCUCCCUAGUAGAUCCAACCUUGGCGCCUCUGACAAGAAGGGCUUCCCAGUCUUCUCUGGAAAGCUCUACCGGACCUUCUUACUCUCGCUCAUAGCAACUAUAAAACUGUUGUCACAACAACCAGCGAUACAAAAACAGAAGAAAAUGCACAGGUUGAAACCCCUGGUAACCCUGCAUGCUUGAUGUUGCGUCUUCGGAGCCCACGUCUAGGGAUACAAAGUGAUCCUGUGUUCUCAGAGGAAGUCCUGCACAUUGUGCCCUAGCAGAGGCCCUCAGGUGACAGAGCAGAGCUGUGAAGAACUGUCAGGUUUAGAGGUCAGUGACGCUCGAGUUUUGGUCCAAUCUGAAGCCAUGGAUUAAUCUCAAAGAAUCAGUCAGCCCUUUUCAAUGGCACCUUUAUAUUUUUAUCGGUUUUCUUCAUUUAUCUGACCCCCAAGCCCUGUUAUGCCACAGAAAUGGAGCUCUACAGCCACUAAGCCACACUACAGGCCACGGAUCAAAGUCCUAGGAAGCAUCAGGUGAAAAGCAAGAGACCAAAGAAGUGGUUGGGAGCAGGGUCGGCCACGGCUCCUGGAGGGGCUGCAGCAGCAGGGAGAAGGGUAGAUUGGGCUGCUCCAGGAGGCAUGCCACUCACUAAGGCCAAGAUGUGUCGGACUCACAAAAUCAAAAUUCUGUGACUGCACUGUACUGAAUGAAAUUAAAGAAACUUUUUCUGCAUGGACACAGAUUAGCUGAAUAUUUAAAUUAUUUUCUCGGGGCUGCAACUUGCAAAAAAAAAAAAAAAAGAAUAAAAAUCAGCCAUUUUCAACAAUUUAUAUUAUUUUUAAAAAUAAAUUUCACUAGUGCAUGGUUUUAAAAUGGGAGAGAAUGCAACAGGGUGAUACAAAGACACACCAUGUUUAUUCUUUAAUCAUAGUCUGUGUUUUGGCAGACAUUACAAAGAAAAAUACUUUCUAGAAGAUACUUAAAAUUCUCUUUAUGUGACAAUAAGUAUAAUAUAUUCAAUUUAUUUCCAUGUUAAAUAUACAGAUCUUAUGAAGUUCAAUAUGUGCAAAUUUUUCACAUCUUCCUCUUUUCUCUCUCAUUUUUCUUCUCCCACUUUUAACCGUUUCUUUCCUUUCUCCCUUCCUGAGUGAACCUUCUACUAAAACACAAGUCUUUGACCUGACCCUCUUAUAGCCCAUAUUUGAUUCAGAGCCACCGAUGCAUCUGAAUUUAUGGAUUUCUCAAAUUUGUUCGAGAGCUUUCUUUAUUUCAAGCAUGUUGAAAUGAUUUUGCAACAUGACUUGGGACACAAAGCAAGUCAGCACGUAUUUGACAAAGAAGAUAUUUGAACAUUUGCAGUUUCUUGUACAGUGCAUGGUAAUUUUUUUCACCUUAAAAAUUCAGUUUACAGGAAAAUCCUAAAAUCAUGUGGCAUUGUAAUGUCUAACAAAUUUGUUUUUAGCACCAGCAUUAUUCAUACAGGGGGUUAAGUAUUAUUUGUAGGUCUUAGGUUUUGUUUGUUUGUUUUUUAAUUCGUUAAAGCAGUUUCUUUAGCUGAUUUCCAUUUACUAUGUGAAUAGAAACACUGCUAAAUAUGUGGAGCCCUGAAACACAGGGCUGUUUAUUAAUUCAUUUUUCUGUAGUAAAACUCAAUUUUUCACAAAUUAUAUUUCUAAAGAAAUAUAGUAAACAUAAAUUUGCAACAAUUUUAAAGCUCCAAUUUUUAGGUGACUCGAGGAAAGUCAAUAUGCCUCUUAAUAGCUAUUUGAUGCCAUCACCAAAAGUCUACAUGCAAAUCCCUCAAGUCAAAACCCCACCUUUGGUUUGCGGGCAGUUCCUCCCAUUGGGUGGUGCUGCAAGGUCCAAUUUCUCUCAAGGUCCCUAAUCACAGGAAAUGUCACUGGUCAAGGUAGUAAACCAUCUUUCUGUUUCUUACAUGUGCUUUGAUUAUAAUCCUCAAAGAUUGGUUUUAACUUCCUGCAAUAAUUUUUUAAAUCCAUCUACAUCACAUUUGUUUAAAUGGAGGCCAUGCACAAAAAAUAUAUAUUUUUUUCUUUGUUUCUCUUUUUUUAUUCAGUGCUGACCAUUGAAAACUGUCAUGCUUGAUAUGGUGCAAAAGUUAAAAUGAGUUACCACUCAAAAUGCCUUCUCUUUAUGUGGUGCAAAAUGAACUACACUGAGAUUGUGUCUUGAUUUUCUGAGACCAAUGGUGGACCCAGGUGAAGGUGUGUAAAGAAGGAACACAAUUUUAUUGAAGUAAUUUAGACACCUGUGUACCAGCAGCAGUUUGGUUUGAUAGACCGAUAGUGUCUAUGCUGUCCCUUAGAAUAGACGUUUACCGUUUUCCUGACACUAAAAUGCAGUCACGUAAUCUUUUCUGCAUAUUCCUAUACAAAUUAUUUCUAAUUUUAAUAAGAAGGACAUGACUGUGGAAUAUUUGUACAUACUUGUCAUUAUGCAGUAUUUAUUUAACAGUUGGUGUACUUUUUUUUUAAUUUUCACAUGUCUGCACCUCAACUUGUGGUUAAGUCGUGUAAAUAGUACUAUGCCAGUGACCGUUGCUGCCCUGUACAUAGAAUGUUUUCAAGUAAAGGGAAUUCCAGUGGGGAAAAUGGGGGGGAGGGCAGAUUAGUCCUGUACCAAACACUGACUGCUGUAAAUCACAUUCAUUCUGGUGAUGGUAUUUAACACUUUAAAUAAAACAUUUUCUUUA